AUGCCCACUGGUGGGGGGAAGAGCAUGCUAUUCAUGGUGCCUGUGUUCACCGCCCCCGGGGGCACCACCAUCAUUGUGGUGCCACUCAUUGCAUUACGGGCUGAUAUGACCAGGCGCUGCCAGGAGCUCGGCAUAUCGUGUGUGCCAUGGGAGAGCCGGCGGCCCCCCAAUGCUGCAUCCAUCAUGUUAGUGACGCCUGAAUCCGCGGUAAGCCCCGAUUUCCAGAUGUUUUUGAACCGGCUGCGGUGGACCCGGCGGUUAGACCAGAUCGUGAUCAAUGAAUGCCAUGUGGUGUUGAAUUCCCAACACAAUUUCUGGCCCCAGAUGGCUCAGCUGGGCCGGUUAGUCCAGGCCCACACCUAGAUGGUAUGGUUAACCGCCACGUUGCCCCCGAGCAUGGAGGCUGAAUUAUGCUGGUGGAUGAAGUAUGACCGGGCCGCCGUGACCAUAUACUGGGCCCGGACCAGCCGGCCGAACAUGGCAUACCAGGUGUGGCGG